AUGGAGUGCAAUACUGUAGAAUUCUUUAUAGAGAAAGUACGUGAUUGUCCGUGUUUGUGGAACAUGGACCAUGUGUCAUAUAGGGAUAUGGCGAGGAAGGAUUUGGCUUGGGAACGUGUCGCUAAAGAGUGUAACAUGUCAAAUGGUAGGGAAGCAAAGAUUCAAUGGAAGAAAUUGAGGGACAGCCAUAGAGAAGCUUUGCGUCGUCGAAAACCCUCAUCUGGAAUAUCGGCCCAAAACUUAAAGCCAUGGAAAUAUGAAGAAAAAAUGAAAUUUGUGUUAACAAAAACCGAAGUUAAAGAAUCUGCAAUCUUUUGGAAUGACUCAAACGAUACUCAUAAUUCUGGUGAUAAUUUAAUAGAAAAUAACGUGACGGCAGAAGUUACACUUCCAGAACCAGUACUACCAAUGCGGUACCCAGACCCAUUGUAUACAGACCAGGAAAUACGAGAAGAAAAAUAUAGAGAAAGACACGAGAGGAGAAUGCACACAUUUGACAUGAAUCGAAGCGAUGGAUUGUCCAAGCUUUUUGAUAGUUUCUGCCAAAAGACACGUGAACUACCUAAGUACUUACAGUUACGAGUUCAGAGAGAAAUAUUUGACACUAUCUGUCGAGCUGAAGAAGAAGCUUUAUCAUUAAAUCUUGACCCAAUAAAUGCAUAUAGUCCAAUGUCAUCGUCAUCUCCACAGGGAUAUACCAGAGCUCCUAAUAUUGACAGAGAAACGCAAAGAGAUGGUGAGGAUCCUGAAUACGAAAGAAAAUAUAGUCGCCAAAGUCUGGAUUGUUAA